AUCCUCACCCACGUAUUAAACUGCACUCCUCUCCUCUUUUUGGCUUCUUGAUUUCCAUCCAGAAGUCUACUCAAAACAAAACAGCCCAUCUUCCACCCACAACUCCUAGCUAUUGAGUUUCGAAAUGGCCACUGUCACCUCCGCUGCUGUUUCCAUCCCAUCAUUCACCGGCCUCAAGGCCUCCGGUGCACCAGCUUCUAGAGUGAGCAGCAGCACUGUUAAGGUCUUUGCUGCCUCUCCCAAGCUCGCCGUGAAGGCUUCCCUCAAGGAAGUAGGUGCUGCUGUAGUUGCUACUGCUGCCAGUGCAAUGCUCGCAACCAACGCCCUGGCCGCCGAGAUCUUGCUUGGUUCUUCUGGUGGCGAGCUGAUUUUCGUCCCAAGCGAGUUCAGUGUGGCUUCUGGAGAGAAAAUUGUUUUCAAGAACAAUGCCGGGUUCCCCCACAAUGUAGUGUUCGAUGAGGAUGGAGUUCCUUCUGGUGUUGAUGCAUCUAAGAUCUCCAUGUCGGAGGAAGACCUUCUCAACGCACCAGGAGAGACCUUCUCGGUCUCUUUGACAGAGAAGGGAACUUACAGUUUCUACUGUUCACCUCACCAGGGAGCCGGCAUGGUUGGCAAAGUCACUGUUAACUAAAUCUGUAUUUUUAUCAUAACUUGUUUCUCAAUUCCGAUUUCUUCUUUUUGCUGUUUCGUUUUCUAAUCAGAGGAUUGCAUAUAUCAUGUAUGAGGUGAACUUUUAAUUUUA